AUGAACGGGUCUGAAAACCAAGAAGAAUCGUACUCAAUGUACCCAAAGACUUCGUCUCCUCCCCCAAUGCCUCAUGUCAAUAUGCAAUUUCCUAUAUACCAGAACCCGGUUCCAAUGUACAAUUAUCAAACUCCAUAUAUGUAUGCUCAACCAAAUUAUAAUUACAAGAUGAUGAACCCUAAUCAACCUCAUAACCAAAUGGGGUACCAACCUAAUAUACCACAAGGAAAUAUGGGUUCCAAAAAGAAAUGGAAUAAUAACAAUAGCAGCAAUAGCAACAACAGUAAUGGUGCCAGUAGUACAAGUACAGGUAUUACAGGAACUAUGAAUCCUGCUAAAUCUCAACCAUACUACCCCAAUCAAAGCCAAAGUUUCUACGGUCAAUCUGCAAGCAGUAGCAAUAAUAGUAACAAUAGCCAAACUAGAAAUAGUAGAUCUAGUUCUGUCAAUCACGAUCCUUUUAAAUUUGACGUUUCUAAAUUAGAUGUUGCAAAGAUUUCAGAAACAUGUAAGAAGUUUCCAUUAUACAUUAACACCACAGCUUCUGAAUUUAAUGAAGCAAGAAAUAAAAGAUUAAGUGUUAAAUCUAACGAUGUCAAUGAUGACACUGAACCACAGGAAACUACCACAAAUACUAAAGCAAGUGAACCUUCUAUCCCAAAGGAAACUAUUGAAAAGACACAGACUUCACAACCUGAACUAGCGAAACCUAUCGAGGCACCUACAGAGACUAAAGUUGAAGUUGUUUCAACUACAACACAAGAAAACAAAAAGAAAUCAAAGGACUCUGAAGGUAAGAAGAAGGAAAAAGAAAACCGUCACAAGAAAGAGGAAGAAACAAAGAAAAUUGCAAGUACCACUUCAACAACUAGCAUUACCUCUGUAGCAAGUGACGAUACUACAGUUACGUCAUCUCCAAUAUCUACAACAAACUCAACCGCCACUUUAACCCCUGCUGUGGAGACUCCAGCUCCUAAAUCUUGGUCUGCGAUCGCAUCAUCUGCGGGCGCAAAAGUUAAAUCAGCUAGUAGUAGUAAGACUGCCUCCCCACAUACGCAUUCUAGAACUACCUCAAUAAUAUCUGCAUCUUCAACUAGACCUAAGAAAGACAAGAAAUAUAUCCCACCAACGACGAAAGGUGCAGAACCAAUUGGAUCGAUAGCUCUAAGGGCUUGUUUCGAUCCUGAUUAUGUUGGUUACGUUCUUAAGAAACACGGUCCAACCGGCGAAAAUGAUUUACCUCUGAAGACCAUUAUUCCAAGAGGUAUUAUCAACACAGCUAAUAUCUGUUUCAUGAGUUCAGUGCUCCAAGUGUUACUAUAUUGCAGACCAUUCAUUGAUAUUUUAAACGUAUUAAGUACUAGAAAUCCAAACUCUAGAGUUAGCUCGUGUUCCACAAAACUGUGGGAUGCAUGUAUCAACUUGUUUACAUCAUUUGAUAAAGAAUCAUUUGAUAAAGGUAAAGAGUCUCCAGUAUCAGGUCAAAGUAAUUCCAAAAAGAAUAGUAGGGAAGGAACACCGCGUUCGCAACAAGAAAAGACUGACUUUGCUUCAGUAGCGGAUGCAAUCAAACCUGAUGAAUUCUACAAGAGUCUGUCAACUAUUCCGAAAUUUAAAGACUUACGUUGGGGUCACCAAGAAGAUGCCGAAGAAUUUUUGACACAAAUGUUAGAUCAAUUACACGAAGAAUUAAUUACAGCUAUAAACAACCUUACAGAAAAUGAGAUUCAAAAUAUUUUACAAAGUAUUAACGACGAAGAAUUGAAGAUUUAUAUUAUUAGAAAUCUUGGCCGCUACAAGAAUGCUCAAUUCAUGAAAAGUGCAACCGGUCAACUUCCCGCUUUGAUUGAAAGAUACGAUGAGGCUGAUGAUAAUGAUGACGAAAAUGGCUGGCACGAAGUUAGCGGUACGAGUAAAAAGGGAAAGAAGAACAAGACUGCGGCUAAGAGAACUGUUGAAAUCACACCAUCUCCUAUCUCUAAUUUGUUUGGUGGUCAAUUCCGUUCUGUUUUAGAUAUCCCAAACAACAAAGAAUCACAAUCUAUUACACUCGACCCAUUCCAAACAAUUCAAUUGGAUAUUUCUGACCCAGAAGUUAAUGACUUACAAUCUGCAUUCAAAAAAUUUAGUGAGUACGAAAUGAUUCCUUUUAGAUCAUCUAGUGGUAGCGAUGUUGAGGCUAAAAAACAAACUUUCAUUGAUAAAUUACCAGAAGUUUUAUUGAUUCAAUUGAAGAGAUUUUCAUUCAUAAACAAUACCGAAAAGGAUAAUUCCAUGACUAAUUACAAUGCUUAUAGUGGACGUAUUGAAAAAAUUCGUAAAAAGAUUGCGUACCAACACGAAUUGAUUAUUCCGGCCGACUCUGUUUCUUCACCAACAUUAAAACAACAUGAAGAGAAUAGACAGUAUGGCCUAUCUGGUGUUAUUUAUCAUCAUGGUAUGAGUUCUGAUGGUGGGCAUUACACUGCCGAUGUAUACCAUAAGACUAACAAUAAGUGGUAUAGGAUUGAUGAUGUUAGUAUCACUGAAUUGAAGAAAGAGGAUGUCUUAACAGUCGGUGAUAGUGGGUCUGAUCCAAGAACUGCAUAUAUUCUAAUGUACCAAAAAUUAUAA